AUGCUCCCCCGUUGUGCUCACUUUGGAUCGCCAACGCUUGCGAUUCCUGGGCUGACAGCUGGCCGGCUUUCAAGCUGCUCUCUUCCCCGCUACACCCGCGCUCGACAGGGUCUCCAGCGUGGCAUACCUCCAGUCGUCAUGGCGGGGCCGGAGCAAAAAUCGUUUCUGGGGAAUCUCUCUCCUUGGAGCACCCCGAGAAGUGCCACCCCGCUGUCGUCAGAUCGGCCUGCGGGCAGCAACCCUGAUGUGCUGCAGCGAUCUCAGGGCGAGGAUCACACAGUGACCCACAGGCACAAAGUGAGCUCUCGCUACUACCCUUCCGACUGUCCACCACUGAAAGCACGAUGGUACUACGCGGUGGACUCGCCGAAACGAAAACUUGCCAUACCGGACCAGAAGAAGUCGGAACAAAAGCCACCGCCCCCUCCGAAGAAGUUUGUCCAAUUCUCUCGCAGCGAUUCGCAGGCGAUCGAGGCUACUUUUCAAAAGCUGUCAGAGAUCGAGGACUCUCACACUAGCGAAGCUGCUCGUACAGCUGCAUUACAACAAGUUUCCGCCAAGGUUCCGGUCAAUGAGGAUUACCUCUUUGAUGUGGAUGUCGAAGCCCGCGAGCUGAGUCCGGCAUACUGGAUUGGCCCCGUCUAUGAAGUGCGGCGAGGCACGUGGUUCUUGCAGGAAGGUUCGAGCUUCAAGCCGUGCGAAGAGAAUUUGGCCACCCAGCUGGAAGAGGGCUAUGUGAAACUCCGCCCAUGGCGACUCGUGACGGAAGAUGGAGGAGCAGACAAGUCGGACAGUAGUAGCUCUGCCGAUGUCCGCAGCAGGGCAAAUACGGGUUCCGGUACCCAAAGUCCCGCUUCAGAGCCAUCGCGGCCAACAAAGCCGCGCGAUAAGCCUCAGACGGGGGCAAGUGGAUCUGCUACUACAGCUCCCACGGAUAUUAAACAGUAUCGUCUGUUUGGUGCCUACAUGAAUCGCAUUGUCACAUAUGAAGAUGCCACAACAGCCUGGCUGACCACGGACGACUUCAUGUCUCGUGUCAGCACGACAGUCUUUCAAACACUAGGUGGUGCACGAGGCAUGAAGUAUGUACGAGGGCUCGGGGAGACUCGGCGAUCGCGGGAAGUAGCCGACAUGAAAGCCCCGCAACGCAAGCAAGAUGGAAAGGCAUCCAGUACGCCUCAAGGCGAAGUGACUACUACAUCAUCCGAUGCCAUCCCUAAGCCCACGUCCACUUCCAUGGAGGCGUCUGGAAGCGACGGUGAACUAGAGGCCGAGUUACAUCGCCCGAUUUCUACACUUGAAAGGCAAAUGUCCUCAUUGGCGGGCCAACCUCAGAAUCAAGCUGAGCUGGAAGAGCAAGCUCGACGGCAAGAGGAGCAGGAGAUGGAAGACUCGCGAGAGAUUGAAAGCGAAGACCAAGGCCGAGAGAUCGAUCACCUGGUCCUGGUCACCCACGGCAUCGGCCAACGACUUGGUCUGCGAUUAGAAAGCAUCAAUUUCAUUCACGAUGUAAAUGUUCUGCGGAAGACUUUCAAGGCUGUCUACAAGGCGUCCCCUGAUCUUCAGGCCUUGAACUCGGCGUUCCCCGAUCACAUGAGUAAUUGCCGUGUGCAGGUCAUUCCAGUUUGCUGGCGACAUCUGCUUGAUUUUCCCUAUCGAGGCGUGCGACAGAAUCGGAAGGAGCUUGACCUGACCGACGCAGACACACUGGACGAUGAUGCAUACCCCAGUUUGGCCGACAUCACUCUGGAGAGUGUACCCGCCGUGCGAAACCUUAUCUCCGACCUGGCCAUGGACGUGCUCUUAUACCAAAGUGCCUAUGCCGAUCACAUUGCCAACAUUGUCAAACAAGAGUGUAACCGAAUUCUCGAAUUGUAUCAACAACGGAAUCCCUCUUUUAAGGGUUCAGUGAGUCUAUGCGGUCACUCCUUAGGAAGUGCGAUUCUAUUCGAUAUACUUUGUCAUCAAUCUUCAGACGCCGGCAAUAUGGGUACAAGGGGUAGAGCGGCGGCCAUUGGAUCUGCCGAUCUUGCUGAUCAGCGGGGUGGUACUGACACGAGAUUAAAUUUUGAUUGUGAAGAGUUCUUCUGCCUCGGAUCUCCUAUUGCCCUGUUCCAAAUGCUCAAGGGAAAGACCAUUGCGGGCCAUUCUGGUGUCGAGGUGCGAGGCCGCCAUGGUGGAAUGGAUGCUGGUGAUCUUGAAUCACAUCGCCUGGGUGAUCUUGGAGCAUCGUCCCGGGAUUCAAAGAGCAGUCGUAAUUUGAUUGAGAAUUCCGCCAUCAUCUCGGCUCCGCGCUGUCGAGAUCUCUACAACAUCUUCCACCCCUCAGAUCCUGUGAGUUACCGUCUUGAGCCCUUGAUCACACCGGCCAUGGCUAGUCUCAAACCCCAGCCCUUGCCCUCCGUGAAGAAAAGUAUCUGGGCCACAUCCGGACAAAGUCUCUCUAUUUUGGGCUCGCGCAUGGGUCAGAGUGUGGGGUCUCUUUGGAGCAAUUUUACCUCUGGCGUCGCAAGCAGCUUGCUUAAUCGAAGUCUGGGCCUGAGCGCCGAGGAAUCGACACCUCGUGGUGUCUCCAGCAGCCGACCCGCCGCUGACGGCGUGACUGGACCUACACGGAGUCAGUCAAGUCUCAGUCAACAUACUUCGUCGCAUGGCAGUGAUGAUCACAACGAGACUCUGAUUGAACACAAUCUUGAAACGCUCUACGAUGGUUUCCAAAAAAGCCGCACGCAGCAGAAGAAAGAUUCAGCUCGUCCCGCAGGCGGGAAAGCAAAUGAUAUCAAUGCUGAGGAUCAGGAACGCAAGAUGAAAUUUGAAGAUGCCAAAGUGCGAGCGCUGAAUUCCAAUGGUCGCGUGGAUUACAGUAUUCAAGAAGGCGCCUUCGAUAUUUCUCUCAUUGCCAGCAUCGCCAGCCAUCUGACUUAUUGGGGUGAUGAAGACGUGAAUCAUUUCAUGCUGUCGCAGAUGCUGUCGCGCAAGUCGCGGCAUCGACUGAAGGGAGUCCCUGCUUCGGACAAGACAAAAUCAUAG